GUGACUCCGCCAUAUAUAUAUCACUCAUUAUCGUUCUCAACUCGUCUCUCCGGCUUCAUUUCCUUUUUGCUCAGAUCUCCUCAUCUCUCGCACUUUUUUUCUUUCUUCUAAUACCCAAUGGCCGUCACUUUCUCAAAUCUCCACACCGAGUCUGGUCUUAAAGCUCUUAAUGACUUCCUCUCUGGAAAAUCUUACAUCUCUGGGAAUAAGCUGACCAAGGAUGACAUAAAAGUUUAUGCUGCUGUUCUGAAGAACCCUGGUGAUUCUUUCCCCAAUGUUAGCCAGUGGUAUAAUUCUGUUUCUUCUCAACUUGCCGCCAGCUUCCCUGGCAAAGCUGUUGGCGUUGGGUUUGGUGGCAAAGCUGCUCCAGCUGAGUCUGCUAAAGCUGAGGCUGCAGAUGAUGACGACGACUUGGAUCUAUUCGGUGAUGAGACAGAGGAGGAUAAGAAAGCUGCAGAGGAGAGGGAAGCUGCAAAGAAGUCAGCUAAGAAGAAAGAAAGUGGAAAGUCCUCUGUUCUCAUGGAUGUUAAACCAUGGGAUGAUGAGACUGAUAUGAAGAAGUUGGAAGAAGCUGUUCGAUCCGUUGAGAUGCCUGGACUUUUGUGGGGAGCAUCAAAGCUGGUUGCUGUUGGUUAUGGCAUCAAGAAGCUACAGAUCAUGCUUACCAUAGUGGAUGAUCUUGUUUCAGUUGAUACCCUUAUAGAGGAGUGCCUCACGACAGAGCCACGCAACGAAUACAUUCAAAGCUGUGACAUUGUUGCAUUCAACAAGAUUUAGAGGACACAGUUUUUUUCCACAGCUGUUGAGAGUGCCAUUGGCCAUGUUAUCACCUUUUGCCCCUUGCUUUCCCCUCGAAUAUAUAUAUUUUUGCUUGAACUGUGCUUUGCUAGUGCUUCUGCUCUAUGGUGAGCAUAGAUGAAAAGGAUUUUCAAGUAUUUAAUGAUGUUCUAUGUUUUGAUUUAGUUAAAGCUUGCCCAAAGUAGUUUUAGUGACAUUGCAGAUUGCAUAAGCGGAAAUGGAAGUCAUGACUGUUUUGAAUGUUAUAUUAAAUGAUUUGAUGCAAGUUUUAGCAACUUAA